GCGGAGCACCUCCCUCAGUCGCUCGCCCUUCCUCCAUGGAAGAACUUCUCUAACCGGACUUUCCUCUCCAGUUUGCCCAGCAGAGGAAGCAGUUAAACGGGGUCAAUUCAACUCCGUCCACCGCUGAACAAACCCCGCACAGGAAAACAACCUGUGUGCUUUUAUCCCGCAGCGGAAACUUCAAACUUCAAACUUUUUUUGAGUUUCUUGUUGUUGUUUUUUUCUUUCGGUUUUGUGGAUCCAACAAGAUGUCUGUCCAUACGAGCCAGAAGACGACGACGAGCUACCGGACCGUGAAUGUGGCCUCCCCGGAGCCGGUGACCAGCACGGUGAUCUCGACCGAGUCCGUGUCCCCGUCGCAAUACGGGAUAAACGGCUCCUACGAGACGGUGCGGUACCUGGUGCCCAUGCAGCAGCAGCAGCAGCAGCAGCUGCAGCAGCAGCACACCUACCUCCCGGUGCAGCAGCAGCAGCACACCUACCUCCCGGUGCAGCAGCAGCAGCACUCCUACAUCCCGGUGCAGCAGGCCGUGCAGCAGCACUCCUACAUCCCGGUGCAGCAGGCCGUGCAGCAGCAGCAGUCCUACGUCCUGAUGCAGCAGCAGCCCAUGAUGCAGCAGCAGCCCCUGAUGCAGCACAUGGUGUCCCCGGUGUACCUGCACAGUAUGCCGCACCUGAGCGUCAGCAGCCAGGAGUCCAGCGACCUCACGUACCAGCAGCACAGCGUGCUGGAGAGCAUCAGCGGGAAGUCUUCAUCAGUGUUCAGUGCUGAGGAGGAGAUGAAAACACUCAAACAUAAAAUGAACACAUGUAAGAAUCAGAACAUCGUGUAA